GUUACUAAGCUAUUUUGUAAAAUUUGGCGGGAGAUCCUAUACAAAUCACGAAGUCUUUCUUUCCUCACGACAUUGACCGUCUUCCUCGACGAUUUUCUUUCUAAUUGGCUGGAAAUAGAUCUACCAUGCAGUUUUCGGGGAGUGCAAGAGGAAAUUUGGUCAAGAAGCCUGUUUUAUCGGGAGGAAGAGAGGAGAGCCGAUAUCCUGAUCGACUUCAAAUGUACAAGAUCCCCCCGACAGACAACAUCUCGCUAGAAGAGUUCGAGGAACUAGCAAUCGAGCGACUGAAAGUUUUACGCGAAGUGGAAACUCUGGGCAUUCGUUUCAAGAGAGAAAGUAAAGAAUACAAGGAAAAGAUGUCAAAACACCUGAGUGACUUUUUACCACAUUUGUACAUAUCAAAUAUGUAUUCUUCAAAGAGUACAGCAAAUGAUGAAUACGAUGAUAAGAGGAAGGACCACAUUUCACAUUUCAUUCUUCGCCUUGCAUACUGUAGAUCAGAGGACUUGCGAAGAUGGUUUCUUCUCCAAGAAUCUGAACUUUUCCGAUUUCGUUUUGUCACAGAAGAAGAAGGGAAGGGAGUUGAGGAAUUUUUACAACACAACAGCCUUUCGUAUACCCCUAUAGGAGAAGAGGAGAAGACAACAUUCCUCGAAAAACUCAGAGAUUCUGGUUACAAUUUGACAGAUGCAGCAGUGUUAGCCUCGAAGUAUUAUAAGGUGCAUUUUACUGAAGCUCUUGAUCUGGUUCGAUCUAGGAAGGUUUUUUUGAGAGAGGGAUCUGCAUACAUUCCUCAUCAGAGUUUAGUGUCCAUCAUUACCAAUGUCUUCAGGACUCAGCUAUCCCAUGCUCUGGCUGUGACGGCCCGCGCUUUGCCUUAUCUUGAAGAGGAUGACAGACUUCUUCCAAGACUCAGUAAUUUGAGCCGGCAGUACUUAGGUCAAGAUUAUAGCCAAAAGAAAAACAUUGCAGGGGGAAAAAUCACCUUAGAUCAGAUUGACGCUGUUUCCCAGAAAUCCUUCCCCCUGUGUAUGCGUCAGCUUCACCAGAAUUUGAGAGAGAACCAUCACUUAAAGCAUGGUGGUCGUAUGCAAUAUGGACUCUUUCUCAAGGGUAUUGGUUUAACCCUGGAGGAGUCUCUGGCAUUCUGGAGAACAGAGUUCAUAAGGAUAAUGGACUUGGACAAGUUUGACAAGCAGUAUGCUUACAAUAUUCGCCAUAAUUACGGCAAAGAAGGCAAGCGUGCAGACUACACACCAUACAGCUGCAUGAAAAUAAUCAUGUCAAACCAGCCUGGCCCGGGAGAUUGUCAUGGCUGCCCAUACCGACACACAGACCCUGACCUGCUACGACAGCAUCUUGCCAGACAUAAGCUGGGCAAGGAAGGGCUGGAUGAGAUUAUGAAACUUGUGAAGGAGACACAUUAUCAGUUGGCUUGCACCAGGUUCUUUGAAGUCACUCAUAAUGUGUCUGGUUUGUCUGCUUUCAACCAUCCUAACCAGUACUUUGAGGAGAGCAGAAAAGGUGCCACACCCAACUUGAGUGGGUUACAGAGUACCCCCUUAUCACAGGGUGUAAAAAGAGAAUCAACAUCUUCCACUACCCAGUCAAAUGAGGAAAUGGCCAUUGAUGAUGAGGUAGAUGACCAACAGCUGAUGGAGAUUGCCAUGAAUGCCUGAUCAAUUUUCUUUCACUAUCAAUGUAUCUUAGUGUAGAAGCAUGGAAACAAGCUUUAAAUUAUUGCACUCAAGAUUUGGAAACAACAAAACAUGGCAUCCCAUCUGAGAACGGUUCCAUUGCAAAAAUGCACUUAAACACAUGUUUGGGUAUAAAGGACACAUUUUUCCCAUUUAACCACGGUACAUCUUACUUAUACACAUCUUUAGGUCCUAGAAACGAAGCAACACUGGGAACAAGCAGCUAGAGAUAAAUAAGAGAAGAGGUCUUGACUCCACCUCCCCCAGAUUUGAUAGUUGUGAUGCCGUGCCCCUGAGUAUACAAAUUCCUUUCAAGCAAAGGAUAUCUUAUCACAAGACCAAUUUCAAGUUUCUCGACUCAUUUAUUUCACACUAUGUUUUAAUCAUAUAUUUCUUUAGGCAUCUGUCAAGGUUUAAUCUAUGGUAUUUUGCAAUGCAUUGUAUAAAAAUUAUUGUAUAAAUAAAUAUAUAUUUCCAGAAAAAA